AUGUUAGUGCUAAGUUUGUUUUCUGUAUAUAUUAUCACAGGAACUUGGGGUCAAACUCCUGAAGUUCCAAGUAUAACUAUUGGCCAAGGAAUUGUAAUAGGAUCUAUUUCAUCCGUCGGAGAUUAUUUCGAAUUUUAUGGAAUACCAUACGCAGACUCUGUAUCCGGAUCAAAUAGAUUUAAGGCACCAUCGCCACCACCAGCCUUCCAAAGUCCAUUUAUUGCCAACAGAAAAGAUAUCAAAUGCGUUAGACCAUUAGGUGUAGGAUACGAAGGAACAGAAGAUUGCUUGGUGGCAAAUGUCUUUACGCCAACCAUUAAUAAUGCAUCACUAUUACCCGUUAUGGUGUGGAUAAAAGGCAAAGAAUUCGAUAAAGUUAACGAACACAAAUUCUCUUUUAGGAGUUUUAUGGAUAAGAACGUGGUAAUUGUAUCAUUAAAUUAUCGUGAAUCAGUCUUAGGAUUUCUCUGUUUAGGUACAGAAGAAGCCCCGGGUAAUGCUGGCUUAAAGGACAUAAUUGCUGGUUUGAAUUGGGUUAAACAUAAUAUUGUACGAUUUGGUGGAGAUCCAGAUAAUAUAAGUCUUUUUGGUCACGGCAGUGGAGCAGCUGCAGUAGAUUUAGUUUCUUUGUCACCUAUGGCAAAAGGACUCGUACAUAAAGUUAUAGCUCAAAGUGGUACUGCAUUAGCACCGUGGGCAGUUACACGCGAUAACUUAAAAUAUGCCUUAAAGGUUGCAGAGGGUCUUGGACAUUCUGUUAAUAGUAUCCAAACUCUUACCGAUGCCUUUAAAAGGGCAAGUAUUGCAGCUUUAAUGGCUGUUAUUAAUGAGCUUGAUCUCACAGAUAAUUCAUUGGCAUUUGCUCCAUGCAUAGAAAAGGAUAAUUUAGAAAGUGUUGAGCCGUUUCUCACGAAAUCCCCAUAUCAAAUAUUAAUCGAAGACGAUUAUCUAAAUAUACCAUUCAUGACUGGUUUUGUUGAUUACGAAGGAACUAUAAGAGCUGAAGAAUCAAUAGAGAGUAAAUGGUUAGAAAAAAUGGAAGAGUCAUUCAUUGAUUUUAUUCAACCAGAUUUAGAUUUAGGAAAAGGUGAUGAACAAGAUAUUGACGUAGUCCAGGCUAUAAAGUCAUUCUAUUUUAGAACAGAACCUAUAAAUAUGUCUCAAAUGGAUAACUUCUUUUCAUAUCAUGGGGACACUAUGGUUUUGGUUUCUGCAAUAAGAGAAGCUCGCUUACGUGCUAACACAUCUAGCAGUCCUAUAUAUCUUUAUCAAUUUUCGUACAAAGGCAUGUUAGAAAACCCUUUUGUUGGACCUGCAGUUGUAAAUGGUACAGCCCACAGUGAAGAACUAGCCUACUUGUUUUACCAUGAUUCUGAUGUAACACAGACUGAGAUGGAUUCAACUGUAAGCGAAAUUUUAGUGGAACGUUGGACAAACUUCGCUAAAACCGGAACACCGGGGACUGAAGUGUCUCAAAUAGAAUGGAAACCGUUUUCUAUUGAAAGUAAUAACUUUUUAAGAAUUCUCGAUGACGAAGAGGUGAAUGUAGAUCAGGGAGGAAGUCUGGAGGUGGAUUUAAUAAAUCCCCAUCCUGAAACAAUGAUAUUUUGGGAUCAAAUAUACAGUGAGCACUUCGUUGAUGCUAAAGGUAGGUGGGUUCUUGAAGAAAGAGUUGAAGAAGGUGAAGAAGACGUUGCUGUUGAUGAAGGAAGUGGUGAAGAGCAAGGUAGCGAAGAUAAUGAUGAGGAUAAGGAAGAGGAGGAAGGCGAUAAUGAAAACGAUGGAGACAACGAAAGCAAUGAUAAUAAUUCAGCAACAACGAUUUUCGGUUAUACAUUUCUUAUGGUAUGA